AUCAGCAAACUCGUGAAGAUGCGUCCAGGCAACUUGAACAAGCACAACAAACCAAUUAUCCUGCAUAUGUAGUGAUGCUUUGUCAGGAGCUCUCCAACGAGCAGACUGAAACAUUUAUUCGGAAUUCAGCUGGGUUAGCCCUAAAGAAUUCGUUAGUGUCAUCGGAAGCUUCACGAAGAAAUGAAAUUACACAGAGAUGGUUAAAUAUGGAUGAGGCAACAAGACAACAAAUUAAGCAAGCGGUGUUGACAACUUUGGGGUCAAGCGACCAAAGAGCUGCUGCUACUGCUGCUCAAGUUGUUUCAGCAAUUGCAGCCAUUGAACUUCCAAGCGGACAAUGGACCGAUCUAAUGAAAAAUUUAUUAGAGAAUGUCACUACGACUGAUAAUAGUCAACUCAAGAUAGCGACAUUAACAGCCAUUGGCUUUGUUUGUGAAUCGAUCGAUUCUGAUAUCUUGGCAGCUCAAUCAGGUGCGAUCCUAACCGCUGUUGUAUCAGGCGCUAGAAAAGAAGAACCAAAUCAGGAAGUUAGAAAAGCAGCAAUUGAUGCACUAUAUAACUCAUUAGAAUUCAUUAGGGAGAAUUUUGAUAGAGAGGGUGAGCGUAAUUAUAUUAUGCAAGUUGUGUGCGAAGCCACGCAAAGUGCCGAUGUCAAUGUUCAGGUUGCUGCCUUUGAAUGUUUGGUCAGAAUCAUGCAAAUAUAUUAUGAUAAAAUGCGUUUUUACAUGGAGAAGGCAUUGUUUGGUCUAACUGUCCUUGGAAUGAAGCAUGAAGAUGAGAGAGUAGCUUUGCAGGCUGUCGAAUUUUGGUCUACAGUAUGUGAUGAAGAGCUAGAAUUAAUGGGGGAAGCUGCAGAGGCGCAGGAAACAGGUGAACAGCCUGAUCGUAUAAGUCAUAAUUUUGCCAAAGCUGCCUUGCCCGAAAUAUUGCCCGUUUUGCUCUGGCUUCUCACCAAACAAGAAGAAGAAGCAGACGAAGAUGACUGGAACGUCUCAAUGGCUGCGGGUACUUGCUUGGCUCUUUUAGCUCAAUGUGUUGAAGAUGCCGUUGUAGCACCAGUGAUUCCUUUCGUAGAAAAUCAUAUUCGUAAUAAUGAUUGGAGAUUCCGAGAAGCAGCUGUUAUGGCUUUCGGAUCAAUUUUAGAGGGUCCUGAACAUAAAUUACUUGCAAAUUUGGUGAACCAAGCUUUACCGGUUUUGAUUGAUAUGAUGAGAGAUCCAUCUCCUCAAGUUAAAGACACAACAGCAUGGACUCUUGGACGUGUUUCCGAACUUUUAAUAGAAUGUAUCAAACCCGACGUUCACCUUCAUCCUCUUAUUACCGCAUUGGUUUAUGGCUUAAAGGAUUCUCCACGUAUUGUGUCCAAUUGUUGUUGGGCUCUAAUGAGUUUGUCUGAUCAAUUCGGCAGCAAGGAAACAGCCCAGGCGUCAUAUCAUUUGUCCGCUUACUUUGAGGGAAUUAUCACUGCGCUAUUGGAAACCACAGAGAGGUCAACCAAUGAAUCUAACUCGCGAACAUCGGCUUAUGAGUGCAUUUCCAUUCUGGUGCAAGGGGCCGCAUUGGACUGUUUUCCAACUAUCCAAAAAUUGACAUUUACUAUACUUGAAAGGCUUGAUGCUACCAUUUCCGCGCAGAAUCAAAUAGUUGGUAGUGAUGAGCGCCUUGCGCAUUCUGAGUUACAGUCAAACCUAUGCAGUGUUUCAACGAGUAUUAUUCGUAAACUCAGAACCGAGGUGGUACCAUUUGCAGACCGAAUAAUGACAACAUUGUUAUCUUUGUUUCAAACUGCGACAAAACAUUCCACCACGCUGGAGGAUGGAUUUCUUGCUGUAGGAGCUGUUACUACAGCUGUGGAAGCAGACUUCCUUAGGUAUCUUGAGGCGUUUGCACCUUUCCUUUAUGGUGCACUAUCAAACCAUGAAGAAUAUCAGCUUUGUUCAAUUGCCGUUGGACUUAUCGGAGAUAUAUGUCGUGCGCUCCAAGAACAAUCAUUACCCUACUGCGAUACUUUUAUGAAUGUUCUACUGCAAAACCUUCAGAGUCCCGUGUUAAAUAGGAACGUCAAACCCGCAAUUCUUUCAUGCUUUGGUGAUAUUGCUCUCGCCAUAGGCGGUAGAUUCGAAGUAUACUUGGAAAUAGUAAUGCUGGUGCUCUUACAAGCCAGCAAUAUGCGUGCUGAUGGUGUAAAUGUGAUGACUAAUUAUGACAUGAUAGAUUACGUCAUUGCAUUAAGAGAGGGAAUACUGGAAGCAUAUGUUGGCAUUGUACAAGGCCUAAAGUCUGGUGAAAAAGCGGAUCUGCUUAUGCGAUAUAUUGAUCAAAUAUUCAAUUUCAUGAACAUGACUUGGAGUGAUCAUGAAAAGACUGAAAUUAUCAUUCGAAGCAUGAUUGGCCUAAUUGGUGAUUUGGCGGAAGCAUUCCCAAAUGGUCAGAUUAAACAAUGGUUCCAGUACGAUUGUGUUACGCAGGUGUUAAGAGAAGGUAGAAACAAUCGUAAUUUACCUAACGGAACAAGAGAGGUCACUCGAUGGGCUAAAGAGGUGGGAUUGGUGGAAGUUACUGCUAUUUAA